AUUGGAGCCCGUACGCCUGUCCCACAGGAAACGCCUUUUAAAGUUUUUUCAUGCUAUGGAAUUGACUAAACAUACAAAGACGAUUUGUAACAACUACGGUUAGUUCACUAACAAGUAGUUUUGUCAGAACUCUGUUACCUCUCGAAUCAAUCUCUCAAGGUCAGAAUCAUUCAGCAACUUCCGAGCGAUAGGCAGUAUUUGUACUAAGUGAUAUUUGCGCAUUAAAACAAGCGUUAGCCCUGCUUGGGUUCUCAUUUCCACUAUCCACCAUUAUCGUCAUCUGGUGAAGAAAGAAAACGGGGAGGGGUUUAGUUAAGCGGAGCUCAAUGGGGGUAGAGGGCUGAGGUGUGGGCCAGCGCCACGCUGCCACACAAACAGAGCUGAGGGAAAGGAACGCGGCAGUUGUAACGUGACGUCAACUACAGCAGCACCACGGCAGGGCAUUUGUAUGUCGUUUCGGUGAAAGACAAGAUGGAAUCGACACUAGCGUCUCCACUUGUCAAGUCUUUUAUUGCGGGUUCAGUAAGCGGAACAUGUUCUACGUUGUUGUUCCAGCCCCUAGAUCUCAUCAAGACACGAGUGCAGAAUUCAGUAAUUUUGGGGCCUCGUCUAGGUAUGCUUGCUGUUGCUACCAGUGUUGUGAAGAGAGACCAUGUUCUGGGACUCUGGAGGGGACUCGUACCAUCCAUACUAAGAUGCGUACCAGGUGUUGGAAUAUACUUUUCAACACUACACUUCCUCAGAUCAAAUUUUGGGAGUGUUGAUCCCCGUCCCAUAGAGUCGAUUCAGAUGGGAGGUAUUUCAAGAGCUUUUGCAAGUGUUUUACUUCUGCCGUUCACAGUGAUCAAAAUCAGAUAUGAAAGUAGUGAGUUUGCGUACAAGAGCAUGUCACGAGCUCUGGUGGUGAUCUUUCAACAGGAAGGUGUUAAAGGGCUCUAUAGUGGUUUAGCACCUACCCUGAUGAGAGAUGUCCCAUUCUCAGCCCUCUACCUUAUGUUUUAUACCCAGCUGAAGAAGUCUGUACCCGACUAUGCUAAGCAGAAUCCAGCACCGCUGCAACACUUGGCAUGUGGCCUCAUUGCUGGCAUUCUGACUUCUCUCAUCACACAGCCGGCAGAUGUCGUCAAGACACAUUCACAGCUUCACCCCGAAAAAUACGGAAAGAUGCAUAUUGCAGCCAUUCACGUAUAUCAGAGUGAUGGUUUUGUGGGAUUCUGGCGUGGGAUGGUCCCACGCAUGCUGCGUCGCACUUUGAUGACAGCUACAGCAUGGACUUUAUAUGAAGAGGUGAUGCGUCAGUGUGGACUGAAGACCUAACCUAAUGUCUUGCAGUAUACUUGGGUCAUCUUGUUGAGAUGCUGUUUUCUAUAUUUCUGUGUUGACUGCAAAUCCUCAAUCUGAUUUUGUGGAUAUUUUAUUUCCAUUUGAUAUUAAACUUUAUUCUUAAGUAACUAUGCAGUAUAUCUUGUAAAGGAUUCUUUUUCAUUUUGAUGAUUUCGGAAUUAAAUUUUGUUCUGUCUUAUUAAAGAAAAAUUCUGCAAAUUUUGUAUUGGUACAUUUGACAUGCUUUUGUUCAUUUACUGUUGUUCAUAUUGAUGAUGCAGCAAACAUUGUCUUAUUUACCAAGACAGAUAUAUAUAUAUAUAUAUAUAUAUAUAUUUAUAUAUUGACGAGGCAGGAAUUGAACACUUGAAUAGUGCGACUUGACUGUGAUCACGCGCAUCUGUGGACCUGCCUUACCUCAGCUUCAUCCAUUUCAAAGUGUGAUGUGCAUGGAGAAAACAUUACUGAGAAAAUGAUGGAGCAAAUGUGUUUACGCGAAGCUAGUAGAAGAAACUGCUAAAAACUGGCAACAAUCGUAAGAAAUUAAUUGAAAAAUUCUAUUUGCUUCAAACUUUAUUGUGUAAUGGAGGUGUUAAGAAUUAAUUCAGAACACACUGAAGCCCACAUAUAUGUGUACAGUGUUGAGAGCCUGCAGUGAGUAGUGUAGUGUUCAGAAUGUAAUAUUGGUGCACAUACAGUUUGGAAACUGCACUAUGGAGACCUCAAUAUCGGUGUACAUACGCACAGUAACCUAGUGUAAGUACACGGUGGAGUUGCAGGCUAGGUGCACAAUGUUCGGAGACUGUUAACAUUAUGUUCAGGACAUCAUGAGCAGAUGUGUAGAUGACAUCAUGUGACUGGACAUCUGUUCGUAACUCGGUGUAAUUGUUUUUUUGUACAGAUUGUGUUGAAUAUGGUUAGUGGUAUGGGAAAUGCUAUCUGUAGUGUUGAAACAUUCUCUUUGUAUUGACCAUUUGUUACAUAUGCAGAUAUUUGUUUUUAUUAAAAGUUGAAACAAAUGGCAUACAUUUAUGUCAGUUACUAUAUUAGACAUUGGUGUUGGUUAAUGAAUCGUUCAGAAAGAUUCUUGUAUGAUUCAUACUCUAUUAAUGGCAUGCUCCUUCUCAGAGCAAAAAUGAGUUUGUUUUAAUGGGUUUACAGUGGUAUUGUGUUAUCGCAAAAGCACCAACUCGCUUUAUUCGUAAAUAUUUUUUCAGGUACCAAAGUUUUUGUUUUCUCACUGUAUGUACAUAAAAUGUUUAAAUGGCUUCUAUUAUAAGGCAUUUAGCCACUUUAAAAACAUUUGGUGGGAGUGGUGUUUGGAAAGGUGGUUUGUUGAAACCAGUUCAGACUGCUAAGGAUUUAGAAAUAACAUUAAAAAUGUGUAAAAGAAACUCCAAUGUUUUUGUUUGUAAUGUUUUAAAAUAUACCUGACAAAUUUAAUUGAUAACUAGUAGACCUUUUUGUCAGUUUCUUCAAGUAUUAUACGUUGACAAGUUUUGAUCACAGAUCAUUUUUUUGAUAUUCGAGUAAAUUUGGACCAAUAAUGAUGAACUUGGUCAAACCAAAACAAAGGUAUUUUGUUUCAUAAUGAAAGAACAAAUAUACAGACCCUUAAUUAAUUUUGUUGUGUAUAUUAGAACCCAAUUUGUUCUUCUCGUGUAUUUAACUUUUUCUCUUUGUUAUUGUUCAGUCCUUUAUUUUUGUUUUAAAAAAUCUCAUCUCCACUAAUAAUAAUUAUGACAUAAUUUGUUUUGAAUUUAAGAAAAAUAUGUUACUUCACAGAUUUAUUAUUACUUUUAUUUUUUCUAAAUGGAAUUCAUACAAUUAAUGGUUGUAAGCAUUAUUUGAAACAACAGGCUUUACAGAUUAACUUUUAUUUUUUAUAUAAGAAAUGAAGGGAACAAUGUUUUAAAUAGGUGUGCCCUUUUCAUAUUGAUUAAAUGCUGUGAAGAACACAUCUUUUAUGUUGGUCCAAUCUCAAGUAAGACGGACAAAAAAAAGAAUUAUUUGCUGUCGCCUAAUCUUACAAACUGAUUUUAAUUUUCAGACACAAGGUCGGGUUACAGCAAAUGAACAUUUCUUUUCAUACCUUAGCCCGACUUCUGCAGACUGUCCACUUGGGAUUCCAUAAUGAAAAAUUAUAGCCAUUUGAUUGGCUGUUAAAAUAUCCGGACCAGUCCAUAGAACUUGGGAUGGGUGAAUGCACAUUGGUUAGAGGUCAGGUUAAAGUAAACCAGAAAAGAGUUUUCUUUAGUUUGUUUUAAGGAUUGCCAUAGUGGUUGGUCAAGACGCACAACUAUUGUAGUUCUGUUGGUUAUGGUUGAAUCGUGUAGCUGGAUUUGUAACUAAAUUAUCUUAGUUCAUGUGCAUUGAUGACAGCUGCACUGUACAUUAUGCAACACUAAUGAUUCAAGAUCCAGGGUUCAUGUUGAUCUUCAUUUUAUACCAUUCCUCUUGGUGUCGAUGUUUACAAAACCAUGGAGUGUAUUUCCUUUGUUUUAUAUACAUAUAUAUAUAUAUAUAUCUAUCCCAAAAUCUCAUUUGUAAGUAAAUUAGAAUACUGUUCUGGCGAGUCAAUGUGACAUUAAAGUUCAUAUGCAUUUGUAAAUAAUGUUAUUUAUGAGGAAUUUUUUUAAUUUAACCCUGGAUCUUUCGUCUAAAGCUGAUGACAAAUUCAGCAUGUUUUGUAAAUAAGUUGUCUAAAUGUUUUCUCUAUUUCAGGCCAACAGAUGUUAUUGCCUGUUGACCAUGUUAAUAAAUAUAUUUUGUUUUA